AUGCACCAGAAGGACCAGAGCCGGGCCUAUCCAACGAUCCCUCCUGGAAUGACAGAAGAAGAGUAUUCACAGGCCAUCAAAUCCUCAUCCAACAAGGUCCUCUAUGACCUUCUGGCGCGGAAGGAUAGUGAUAUCCAGGAGUUGACCGUCAGGCAACAUAAAGUGAAGCUCUUUACCUGGCAGUUCUACUGCGAUAUACAUUAUGACGGCGACUACACAGUGAAUGCUGAGCGCAUGCUGCCGUACUUUGAGAACCUGGUCUUCCUCCGAACAUCCAAGAAGUUUAUCGUCCCUGAUAUUGGCUACGACGGCGCCAUUGGCCUCAGGCCUGCGGGAUGGAAGCCGCCAAAUCCUAAACAACGACGAACAGCUAAAAAAACCAAGGAUAUUGAAGAGUGGAUACCAGAGUCGUCUUCCAAGGAGCAGGACUUACAGGUGUGGACCCCUGAUGAUGCUGACGCAGCGAUAGCCCGAUCAGAGGAGCUGGAGUAUGAGGAGCACGAGGAUGAGGAUGAGAUAGUUGCUGUUGCAGUGGAUGAGGUUGUAGAUGUCGGCAUGGAAAUCGUCGUAGGCAAUAACCGAGAGGAUGAUAACAACUCAGUCGAAAUCACUGUCCAAGAAGAACUACAAGCACUGCAUGCAAUGGUGGAAGGUGAGGAUGAGACUGGCCUUGUUUUGGAAGGUGAGGACUUUGAGUCUGGAGACCAACAGGGGCUGGAGCAUGCCACUGGAACAGAAGCUCCUGCAGAACCCCUCAUAAUCGAGACUGAGGCAGACAAGAUGAAAGUCUUUUCUGGUCUUGCACCUGAUAAACAUGGUCGUAUUGCGAUCAUGGUACCUUUGUCUCUGGGAACUGUUGAUAACUACCGCAAAGCUUGUAUUUAUCUCUGGAAGCUUCAAAACCAAAGGACCACCUUGUGCCCAAAUCCUGCGCCUAACCCACGUACCGAUGGGCCUUUGGAUGAUGCCAUCAACGCCUAUGGCGUUCGUCUCGUCUAUGACAAGGCUACAACUGGAACAACAAGGAACACACCUUGUGACACACGCGACACAUAUGACGGUAAUGACAACUAA